UUGAGGGAUGUAUGACAGUGUCAACAACUAGAAAGACUAGGGACCCCUAUAUCAUUAUGAAGGCUAGGGAUCUCAUUAAACUUUUUUCAAGAAGUGUUCCUGCACCUCAGGCAAUCAAGAUACUGAAUGAUGAAAUGCAAUGCAAUAUCAUCAAGAUUGGAAACCUUGUUUGCAAUAAGUGGAUGGCUAGUAGUUUUGGCACCCUUGUUGAAGCUGAUGUCUUUAUUCUAGUCCAUUGUUCAGGAUCGUGUUUCGACUUUUAUGUUUUAACCUGCUUGAAAUUGAGACAAAUUCAUGCAAUUCUGUAGUUUAGU